CAAUCUGCUUGCAGCAGCUACUGUUUUAAUAAGUAUGAAAUAAACAUAACAAAACUAAAAUAUUACCUAAAGUUAACUGCUGACCUUGAGUUCCUGCGAAUAAAUGUACACAACACCAUGAGAAGUGGGAAUACAAUGUGAUGUUUUCGGGGGAGUGUCGAUGUUGUAAUAUUAAAAUUUUGCAUGACGUUUGAACGAUGUUUAGUAAGAAACCUCAUUCAGAUGUCAAAAAAUCGUCUCAAAAAGUUUUAGAUGCUAAAAAGGAUUGUCUGAGCCGCUUGAAACAUUUACGGAUUGUACUCGAAAAUUCGGAUACAAGUGAAGCUAAAUCGUUCUUUGAAAGUAAUUACAGUCAUAUUUAUUACAUUUUCUAUGAUGUCUUCAUAUGUGCUGAAAACAAUCUUAAGCAGAGAGCUCAUCAUCGAACUAAUCGAGAAGAUCUGGAGAUAGUCCGCUUUAUAUUUGAGAAACUAUUGGUUUUAUUGCCCGAGCUUGUGAAUCGAAGAUGGCAGUGUCACAGUAUACAAAGGAUUAUAAAAAAGUUUCUGCAUUAUGGAAAUUCUGUCAAAUUGCGCAGAGAAGGUGUCAGAUUAUUUAUCUUAUGGUACCAAAUAUUAGGUGAAAACGCACCUGAGGAACUAGAUGCAAUUUUUAUGUCAUUAGUUCCUGGCAUAAUACCUGGUGUUCCUAAUCCAUAUAUGAUUACACAGAGUUCAAAUCAAAAUCAUGGACUUUUCAACAGAGGUUCAACGACAGUGGAAGCCUAUCAAGAAACUUCUACAUUCUAUGCAAGCACAACAGAUGUAGCAGAAAGUGGUCCAGUGUGCCCUAUUGAAAUAACACCAAUUUUGCCUCCUCUGAGUGGAGAGCAAAUGCCUGAAGAUUCAACUCGUUUUUAUUUAGAUUGUUUAUUAGAGUUUAUGGUUUCUCAGGUUUGUAAAGUUGAGUGGAGGGAGAAAACUGAAGCUAGAUACAUGAAAUGUUUUUAUUUCAUAUUUGAGAAAUUUAAAAAGCAUUAUUUACCUCAUUUAUUCCCCAGUUAUUCUUAUACUACGAAUUUGUUUUCUCCAUUAUUAGAUUUGCCUGUGUUACGUUAUGAAAGAGAUAUUCGAAUUGAACAUGAUAAUACUAGAUUUCCCCAUAAAGACACUCUUUAUCAUUGUCAAUCAACAGUUAUACGUUGGGUGACUCAUUUCACACAGUGCAUGAAAAAGGCAAAUGUGACAUUCCAGCAACCUGUACUUCCUGAAACGCCUGAGCAAAAUGAAUCUAACCGUCCAGCUGCUCCAUCAGAUUCGGAUAACCAGUCAACAACUAACCUCUUAACUACUUCAACAUUUGGUUUGGAAAGAGAUUCAAGCAGCACAUCUUUAGGAAAUGAUGAUCUCUCUUUUCGUGAUUAUGCUGUUGUUAAAGAAACAUUAUAUUCUAGUCGUGAAAAUGUUAACAUGGUGAAUGAAAUUUUUCGACAGGCAUUCUUAAUGCAGUUCAACUAUGCAUCAACUAUGAGGAAAGUUGUUGCAGUAUAUAAAGAAUGGAUUCAUAAAAAUAGUCCAGAGAAGCCUCUGUUUUUGGAAGAGCCAUCAGCUGCAUCAGUGGAAACUAAAGAAGAAAAAAAUGAUGCAAGCAUAACUUCAAAAUUGUCUCAGGAAUCAGGUCCAGUCUGCCAAGAACAGGAAACUCAAGAACCACAGGGAAUGCGAUUGAGAAAAGAUUCUUAUCUUAAAGCAAUUCACUGUGAUAAUAAUCAUCUUAAAGCUGGAAUGCAAAAUAUGCUGACUGUGUUCUUGACUAAUGCUGCAAAUGUGUUUUUGCUUGAUCUCUCUCAGGAUAGCUCAAGCAUGCUUGAAGAACAGGUUUUUUUAAUACCUUAUCUAUUUGUUUGUUUAUUUUUUAAUAAAGAUUCCUGUUUUAUACAUUAUUAUUAUUUUUUUAUAUCUACUGAACUCUGGGAUCAAUUUCUGUCUGUCUUAUCAUCACUUACUCGGUGGGAAGAAUUAAUAAAAGAAUGGGCUAAAACAAUGGAAACAUUGACAAGAGUCUUAGCUAAACAAGUAUACUGUCUAGAUUUAAAUGACCUGCCAUUAGACAGAUUAAGUGAGCAAAAGAUGAAGAAAAACCGAGGAAUCAGGAAGACAAUUAUUGGAGCUUUAGAUGAAAAAUUUGAUAAGACCAAAUCUCAAAGUGAGCAUGUAAAUGAUAAGUCCAGUUUCCUUGCUGGAAGUGUUUAUGAAGAUAGCUCAUCACAGCUUACGGAAGGAAGGUCAGCUGGGCAUCAAGUCAUGAGGACAAGGUCUGGUAGUGGAGAUCAUUCUCAUAAGUUACAUUCUUCUGAGGGUACUGGUAUCCAUAGAAGUGUUAGUGAUAAUUGUCUUUUUAAAGGUUCUGUUCACACGAAAGGGCAAGGAACUAUUUAUAUACCUGCACAGAAACAAGUUUUUAUCACAGGUGCAUCUCCAUCAGUUGUUGAUGAAUUUUCUAAAAUUUUACCACCUUUUGAAGAAUGCAAAGAUAGAGUUAAAAAAAUGUAUUCCAGACAUAAAAGUAAAUCACUGGAUUAUUUAGCAUAUAGAGAAUACUAUGAUGUUCAGAGAAUGGAAUGUUUUGAGAUCCUGGCUUCCAGACAAGAAAUUGGAGCUUUCAAUUCAGUAGAAGCAAGAAGUGUUAUGUCAGGAGGAACCACUCGAGGUUGGUUAUCUGAUGUGGCAGUUGUCCUGUGGAAAAGGAUGUUAGGGUCUUUAGGUGAUAUUAAUAAAAUUACAGAUUCAUCGAUCCAUGCUCAAGUUAUGAAGUACCUGGUUGAUCUUUCUGAGCUUUUAAUAAAAAUUAGAGACAAUUUGGGUGUAACUGUAGAUAGCCACUCAACUCCACCACCACCAGAGUUUCUGCCUCCAUUGUUACUCAUAACACCAUGGUUAUUCCAGGCCUUAAGUUUACCUGAAAACUACAAGCAAGGAAAACUCCUUGCAUACCAGCUUCUUUGUAUGUUAAUAUUGCGGCGUCAUGACUUACCUCUUCAGAAAGAUUAUCUUGUACAGUUUUAUUAUGCUUUGCAUUAUGGCCUUAUGUCUAAUGAUCAGGAUAUCAUGAAUAUAAUUGUGAAAUCAUGUGGUCCAAAAUUUUUUUCUAUUGGCCUUCCUGGCAGCACACUGUUAAUAAUGGAUUUUAUAUAUGCUGCUGACACUGUUGUCUCAUCAAGUGAUGUUAAAGGGGUUCCUAGAACAGAAGCUAUGUCAAUACUUGGUGCACUUUUAUGCCUAACUAAUGUAUAUAAAGAAAUACAUACUUUACAACCAUCAUCUACUGAACUUUUUACCAUUGCUUGUAAAGAUGCUAAGGAUCAUAUAACUAGUAUUUUGUUCAAAGCUGGGAAACGAGAGCCAGCUGGUCUGGCUAGAUGUAUAGCUAUUAACAGUAUUGGUAUCUAUCUAUAUGAAGAAUUAAUGAAUAAAACAAAUCACUACCGCAUAAAGGAAGCAGUUACAGUCUUACUUAUUGCUGUUAGGUCUUCUGUAUCACGCUCAUCAAAAAAAGCUAGGAGCAAAGAGUUUAACUGUAAAGCUGUUGCUCGUGUCGCUUCAGAUAUGCUGCUUUUGUUAUGUGACCAUGCUGAAGAGUUGCAGAAAAAUUAUGCAGAUCUCAUAAGAAAUGUUAUUGAGGUACUAGCUUCAACAUUAGAAAACUUAUUGCCAAAUACAGAUGUCAUUCUGACUGAAAGUGAUAAAAAGUUGAUUUUGUCUUUAAUACACUGCAUUGGUGAAUGGUGUUUCAUCACUAAAAUUGGUUCUCCUAUGUCAUCAGACCAAGACUGGUUACCACUAUUUUCUGUGUUUAAGGUUUUAAAUACAGCUGUAAGUGGUAAAAAGACAGAUGCUCCUCAAAGUACGCAGUCUUUAACUGAAUUGUCAACUCCAGAUGUUGAUCCUAAUGUUCAAAUUGAAAAUUUUGAAGAAGGCACCACACCUACACCUUCUGUACCACCAAGAACGCUGCAGAGUCCAGAAAAAGCACGAUCAGCUGAUAGUUCAUUUUUUAGAACUCUACAGCAGCAUGAUAAUAAUGCUGUUAUUCGAUUAGCUGCCAAAAGUCUUAUGCAUCAUCUGAUAAAUCAUUUGGGACACUUUCCUAUGGGAAUAGGUGCUUCUCGUUUGACAAGUCUCGUUAAUGAACAUGAUGAUGUUCCAACAUUGACCGGAGAUGAACUAUCUGUGGAAGUCUUCCAUGCUCCAAAUAUCCAGUUCUUUGUUUUGAACAAUAGCUCUAUAAUUUCAUUUGUUGAGAUUCCUGCUUUGGAUAUGCCUGGUGGUGGAGCAACCGCAGGACUCACAACAUCAAAAUCUCAAGUUCGUAUUAUAAUUAGAGAUUUAGGAGGAAAAUUUUCCUGGGAUGGAACAAUUUUGUAUGGUCCACCAGAUUUUUAUUUAAGCUCAUCUGAUAUUGAUUCUUUUAGUGUUGCUUCAAGUUUAACUAUUCCUCAGGGAUCUCUUUCAACAUCUAGCCUUAAUAUCAGUGGCCUUUCAAGUUCUUUAUCUAGUCAUGCACUUCGGCAUAGACCGAAGGAUGAACUACCGACAGCGGAAAACAGCGCUGAUGAUCUUGACAAUUUAGAUGAUUUGCUUCAAUACAUAGGGCAUACUAGCCCCGAGUGUGUUUGUGUCCCAGGGCAAGCUUUAAAUGCUGCUCCUAAACUGCCAAAUGAAGAAGGUAGAGAACGGGAAAUGGAUAUAAUGAAUUUGAUUUUAAAUCAAAGGAACCAAGAGCAGGCUCAAUUUGAAAAAUAUUCAGUUAAUAGUUGUAUGAGUGCUAAGGGUAUUCAUCCUCCUCCACCAUGUGAAGCGAUUUCAUUGUUCCAACAUUGUCGUUUGCUUUUAAAUCAGUUGGGAUUUACUUCUUGGGAAAAGCGGUCACAUUUUGACUUACUGAAGAAAAAUGAGCAGUUACUAAGAGAAUUACGUAAUUUAGAUAAGCAAGUAUGUCGUGACACACAUAAAAUUGCUGUGAUUUAUGUAGCUCCUGGACAGGAAGAUAAAAAUACAAUUUUAUCCAAUCCUGGUGGAAGUCAAGAAUUUGAAGAAUUUGUUGCAGGAUUAGGAUGGGAGGUAGAUUUAGAAAAUCAUGCAGGUUUUCUUGGAGGUUUACAAAGGAAUAAAAGCACGGGUGAAACAGCACCGUACUAUGCAACUCCUUUCACAGAAGUUAUAUUUCAUGUUUCCACUAGGAUGUCUACAAUUGAAGCAGAUGCUAUCCAUAAAAAGGUACGCCAUUUAGGAAAUGAUGAAGUGCACAUUGUUUGGUCAGAACAUACCAGAGAUUAUCGUAAAGAAAUUAUUGCUACUGAAUUUUGUGAUGUUCUCAUUGUGAUUUAUCCUGUUGGUGGAAGGUUAUACCGUAUUCACAUUUCUCGGAAAUUAGGGAUUCCAUUUUUUGGGCCUCUGUUCAAUGGUGCCAUAGUGGGGCAUAAAGUUCUUCCUGGGCUUGUAAGAGCUACAGCAAUAAAUGCCAACCGAGCCAAACGUUCCUUAAUUUCACUUUACCUGAAUUAUUAUGAAGAAAGGAAUAAAUCUUUAGAAACAAUUGUUCAGAAUCAUAAGGACAGAACCACAUUUGAACAUUUUGCCGCUAGUGUGUAUGCUCCUGCACCUUCCAAGCCAUAUGCAUCCAGUAGAUCAUCUGUGUUGUAUUCAGGACCACCCAGUCGAGCAGAUAGUGCAUGUUCAAGAGGUGUUCCCAAUUUAGCUGCUGCUUUACUGGAUGCCCAUAGCAAGGGAAGUGCAUACAGUUCCAGCAUAAGAAGUCGAACAGUAAGUCAAUCAACUGCUGAAGAUAUGUCCCCCCACAGUUCACCACAGAUCUCACUGAGAGAUCGUCCAUUAUCAGCAUCUCAGAGUCAGACAUAACAUUUUACAUAGUGGUUGAGAAAACAGAUUUAUUUUUCUGCAAUAUCUCAGCUAGUUGACUGAUACUUAAAAUACAGACAUCACAAAGGAAAUUUUUAAGUUGACUCUGGAGAAUGUUUAGAAGCACAAAAAAUGCCUUUGAUAUGAAAUACACAGUGAUCUGAAGUGCCAUUCUAUGGUAGUGAUACUGUUUGUUGAAUUUGAAAAACUUGAUCAUUGCACACAUUCCAAAGACUGCUCUUGUACUUUAGCAAUGUACAGCUCUUUUUCAUAAGCAAAAAUGUUAUGCCUGUUUGUUGUCUUGGAAAUAUGUUUUAUAAUCUCAGUUGAGAGUAAAUGGUGAAAUCGGUUGUGUAAAUAUAAGAAACCCAAUUUGAUCAUAAAGAUAUAUUGAUUAAUUUAAUUUAUAGAAUCAGUAGUCUAGGUCUUUUUAAUUGUCAAAUAAAUUAUUUAUUUUGAAAUGAACAAAAUAUUGUAUUAAUUUCUUUUCUGCUUUGCUUCUUAAAUAUGUGGAAUCUGUUUGUUUUAAAUUUUUAAGUAUUCUUUUAUUGACUCAAAAUAUUGCAGAUGUUCUAAUUGUGAUUAAAUUUUAAAUUUUUUUAUUAAAUUCUGUUGACUAAAGUCUUCUUUAUGGAAAAUUUAUCUUUUUUUAUAUAAUUGUGCAUUUUAAAUUUAAAAAAAAAAAACUAUGAAAUUUCAUAUAUGUUUAAAUUAUGGAUAUUUAGAAAGCCAUGUCUAUGUUGCCUUUUUAUGAAUAGAAGGAUUCAUUUUCUCUUGAAAAGAAUUAAAGAAAUAUUCAUAAUGAAAUUUUGUUAUGUUUAAUUUUUUUCUCAGAGUAUGAGGUUGUAUUAAUUUUACUUUGUAUGUUUAAAAAAAAGGUGUUUAUUUUCUAAAUUUGUGCAUCUUAAGAAAAGUUCUUAAUGAUUUAUAAAAUUAUGAUAUUGCUGUUGAUUUCACAUCAUUUCAUUAGUUGUGAAGAAUAAAUACAUUAAGUAUAAAAACUUUUCUCUCCUGGAAAAAUUAUUUUUAAUUUUCUAAUAACUGUAGAAUUAAUGUAGAAUUUAUCUAUUUUCUUUCUUAUUUAAUCAAACAUUCCAUCAGUUAACAUAGAUUUAUGUCUUGACUCUUCAUGAAAUGUAUUUUAAUAAAUCUAAGCCUAUGUAAUAUGUGUUUUUGCCUUAAUGAAAAUUAAAGUGCCUCAAUUUAAGUUUUAAAAAAGAAUUAAUUCUUAGUGUAAAUGUGUCACUAAUUAAAAAGAGAAGUCUUAUGUGCAUUCUCGUAUAAUGUGAGGGAUUUUUUAUUAAUGUGGUUAUAUUGGGUCAGCAGAUUUUAAGCAUUGAGCAAGGGGGCAUCAUGAGUUUUAUUAAAUGUAUGUCCUUCAUUCAACCUCCCUAAUUUAUAAGUUUUUUGUUAAUUUUUAUUAUUUUCAGACAGUACUGAUAUAAAAUUUUAAAAAUACUUAUACCUUUGAAAGCAUGAUGGUUGUUUAAGAAGUUGUAUAAAAUUAAAAAAUGUAUCAGUGAAGUCACUUCUGUUAGGUGUUGAAUUUAAUGCAUUUUUGUUUUUGAAAUUAUUUGUUAAUAAAAGUAUUCUCCAAAAAUAGCUAACUCUCCCAUUUCAGGAAACUGAACAAUACUUUUGUUUUGGUUUUAUGCUGAUGAAUGUAACUAAGUUUUGCUUUUAAAAGAUGUGAGAGAAUCAUACUUUUUAAUAGCAUAUAUUGUUGAUUUUGGCUGUUAAAUUAAGAUAAAUAUGUUUUGCUAGCUAUGUUUGUAUUGACUUUGCCUUCUAUCAAAAAUCAUAAUAAUAACCAUGACUAGCAUCUAUUUAUCACAAAAUAUCCAUGACAAUAUUUAACAGCAGCCUUUAUUGGGAAUUUUUGAAUGUUGAUAAUCAUUGUAAAUUAAGAAGUAACUUAACUGAGUUUUGAACUUUUAAAAUCAGUUGAGUGAACACUAAUUCUGAUUGAUUAUAUGUAUUUAUUUAAAUUUUUCUGGGCUAAAUGAACAAAGUUCUAUUUAAAAAUUUAAAGAUAUCUAAUGUUCUUUCAUUACUUUAAGAGUUGAUGACUGUAAAUGUGCAAAUUCAUUUUCAGAGAAUGCCUCUGAAUAAUGGUUUGAUGUACUAAUUUAAAAAUAAUUAUAUUCUAAUGUUACAUGUUUUAUUAUGUAUUAAAAAUUUUCCCUAUAAGUUUCAGUUUCUAUGAAACUAGGUAAUCUGAAAAUCAAAGAAAGCGAAGGAAGUACUUUAUUUAUUUUCUAGAGCAGUUUACUAAAUUAAAAAUGAGAAUCUAUUCUGAUUGAAAUAUACUCUAACAAGAUCCAUAAUUUACUUCAUAAUAAAAUAACUUACUAUUUCAAAAGGAAAAAUAUAAGGAAAAUAAAUCAAGUUGAAGAAAUUGAGAUAAAGUGGGGCAUAGUUUUCUUGGCUUGGAAGAGAGAGGAAAAAAUAUGCAUCGAGAAAAUUGCUUUGUAAAUGAUAUAUAUAAUUAUUAAUUUUAUGUUUAUGAUUAUCUCCUAGAAAAGGAAACUUAAAACUAUUGCAAACUGAAAUUAGGAAAUAUUAAUAUUAGGAGGACUAUACUAAAACUGCUAAAAAACUUGUAAUAAGCUUAAUUUGCAAUGAUAUGCAUUAAAAUCAUACAUUUUAAAAAAUAAAAAAGAAUAGUACGUGCAUAAAAAAAAAAAAGAAUAGUACAUACAUAAAAGUAAGGUAGAACAUAACGUACAGUAAGACCCUGCUUAAUGCAGGUAUACGUUCCAUCAAAGUAGAGUGCAAUAUGAAACAGCAUUAAACGAGGUUAUCUCAUCAUGUAAAUAAUGGGGUUAGGGGAAGAUGGGUAGUAAACUGGUCAGGUAUUUUACCAUUAAAUUUAUUAAUUAUGUUUUUAUAACAAUAAAACAAAAAUUUAUUUCUUAAAAUUAUAGAAACAUAAUAAAGGAAUAUACGUAUAAAAAUAAAUAAAAUUCUAAGUCAAUAUGUUUACAUUUCAGAUCAUUCAAUCUCUUCUGUAUUUCCAAUUUUCUGCCUUUUUAUCAAGAAGUUAUCUAAUGUAAUAUGAGUUUUCCUUUUGUACUCUGUAAGAAGUUGUUGGUAAGUGGAUAAGGCAUCCAUAACACCCUGUCUUGCUUUUGAACUCCUGUCAAAAUUUGGGUCAAUUUCAAUAAAUUGAUCCAUAAUUUCUGUUAUAGUGGUCAAACUGGUUUUUAGAAAUGCUGUUGAAAGUUCUUUUUGCUCUUCUUCUGAAUCACUACUUUCAAUAGUUUUUUGUUCUUCUUGGCCCACUAAUUUCUUGAGCUCAUCAUUAGAAAGACUUACUGCUGUUUCUUGCAUUACUUCUUCGACAUCUUCCACAUUUACCUCAUCUAAACCAGUUGUUUUGCUAAUUCCACUAUUCCAUUCACAUCGACAGAGUGUCUACUGCCCUCACUUAGAUCUGGCCAAAUGUUCUUCCACACCCCUUUCAAACAUUUUUCUGUUACCUCAUUCCAAGAAAGGUUAAUGUUUUCUACAGCGUUCAUGAUAUUGCAGUUUUUCAAAAACUCUCUUAUUGAUUGUUUCUCUUUAUUGAUAGCAAACUGGUUUACACGUCUAUAGAACAUUUUUUUCUUUACUUAGAUGUUCUUUGGCGUAAUGCUGUGUGCAAGUUCGGGGAAUCCCACAAUUCAAAUAAAAGAGCAUUAAACUGAAACGCCACUCAGCAAAACAGUUUGAAGCAAGGUCUUACUGUACAUAAAAAAAGUAAUUAAAUUUUUGCUGAUUUCUUGAAGAGGGUUGACGUAUCAAAAAAAUUUAUAUAUACAUUGUGUCUCAGUACCAUGCUUCAGAACUUCUUGCAGGAUUGGGUGCAGCGUGGUGAUAUGGAAUGAUAUAGCAGUGCAGGGUUGGAACUGCUUUCCUGACAUGCUGGUGUACACAGAAACAUCAGAAAUUAAAAGAAACUUGGUAAGUUUAUAUUCGUUUUAAUAAUAAAUUUUUAUGAACAAAAGUAACAUGAGUCAAAGAUAGUAUUAAAAGUUUUGUCCAUUGACUACAAUGCAUACAUCAUAUCUACGGCGCAUGGAAUUCUGGAAUAUUCCAGGCAUAUCUUGAAUUUUUCUGGCAGUUACUGUGAUUCGUGCAACAGCUCCUCGGCAUUGUCAAUGGGGUGUCGUAAGCCAGUGUCUUCAUAUGCCCCCAUAAAAAAAAAUUGAGUCAUGAUAGGUCCAGUGAUUGAACAGGCCAAUGCACCAAACUACCUCAUACGAUCCAUUGCUGGCCAAAUGUGAUGUCUAGGUGGGUAUGAAUGUUAUGGUUGAAAUGGGCAGGGCCCCACAUCGUGUUGGAACCACAUUAUUUGUCACAUCAAUGCAGAAAUCUGUUUGUCAUCUACAAGUUGUGGUAUGACUUGCUGCAGAAAGAUUAAGUAUUUAUAGCCAAUUAGACAACAAGGUAACGAGAUAAUCCCUUACAAUGCCAGUCCAAACAUUAACCGAAAACCGACUGUGUGCUGCACAAUGUUGAUUUGCAAGAGGAUUCUCUACCACCCAUUAGAUGGGCUUUACAUGCAGUGAAUACUCCUUUUCUUGUGAAGAAUGCUUUAUCGGUGAAGAACACAUUAACAGGGGAAUGGUGAUCUAUAGCACAGUUUUCAAGAUACCAUUGUGCAGAAGCAGUAUGAGGUGAAUAAUUGCCUGGUUAAGUGUCUGGAUAUGCUGUACGUGAUAUAGAUGCAUUUCAUUUUCUCUGAAAAUCCUCCAAACGGGAAGCCCCGUCUGCUUGCGCUAGAAUUUACGUACUCAAACUUUAAGUCCCAUGUACUAGAUGUAACACAUUCUCUUUGAUGUCCGAAGUCUGUGCUGAUUGUGCCUGAUUCAUGGUAGCUCUUUGAAAAGAGCCUGUUUCAGCUUACCUCUCGUAUAGCCUUGCAAAGAAAUUAUGGCUGGGUGUAUGCCUUACAGAAUAUCGUUCCAUGUACAAGAGCUGUGUGGCUGACCCACUACAAUCAGCAGCCCCCAUAUACUAAAUGCAUAUCGGCUAACAUACAUAUAAUUAUUCAUCCUAAUAACUCUGCAUCCUUGUAUGAAGUGAUGAUUCCCUGCAAAAAGUCUUGAAACAGUGCUAUCUACCACAUCAGAAAAGCAUUCGGGUACACCCUACACCUCCUAGAAGUUCUGGAACAUGGCACUGAGACACCUUGUACGUAUAUUUAAAUAUAUAAUUCCACUUUAAUGACAGUGAAUGUUUCUAUUAUUGACAUCCAAACAGAAAAGCAUUGUAAUACAGGGUGUAAUAGAGAAGUUAAAACUGCAAGUCCAGAAAGAUAACUAUUGUAAAAAAGCACUAAAUGAAUAAAUUCUUUUCUUUAUGCUGUUGUAUUCUGCAGAUUUUCUGAUCUUUUUGUUAACUUUUCAGGUCUCAUAUUUUGAUGUUAAUUUUAAGGUAUGAAAUUUAAGUUCAACUUUAACAUUGAAAUCAGUGUGAUAGCACAUUACGUAAUCGAGUAACAUGUCAAAUGCUGUGUCAGUCCUAGGGAUCAGCCUUAGACCAAACAAAAAAUUAAUGUGGCAUUUAAUGUGAUAAUAACUUUUAAUAAUAUAAAUUUUGUGUAGUGAAAGUAUAUGCAUAACCGAAAUAAUAGAUUUAAAUGUAAAAUUAUAUUAGUGAAGAAUUUAUGUUAAUUCUUCUUCUGUAUAUUAUAAGGUUAAAACAUUUAUAUCAGAUUGCAUAUGAAAUUCAUAAAGGUACAAAUCAGUAUCGACUUAAUAUCCUGUGAAUUCUUUUCAUAUUAGUUAUUCAUGAACUAUUCUUUUUAAAUUUUGAAUAUGUAAAAUCAUAUGUUUUGUGUUAAUGAAAAUACUUGAAAUCUGACACAGCUGAAACUUUUUUUUAAUUGACAUAUUACAUAAAGCUAUAAUUUGUACAUCUUAGUGUAAAUUAAAGUGCAGUUGUAUGCAUAAUUUAUCUGAAAUCUGUAAUGAUGGAAGGAAAUAAUAUGAGAGUGAAAAUAAAUAUGUUUUUCCAACAGUUUAAGAUAAAUUGUAUAUUUUUUAAUAUCCAAUAGGAACUUUUAAUGCAGUCUUUAUAGCAUAAUAUCUUUAUUACCUGUUUUCUUUUCAAGUAUAUUUUAUAUUUUAUAAUUUUAUGAAAACAUGAAAUAUAGCAAACAUUUUAAAUUUGCUUUACGUAUUUAUGUUAAGUUUAUAGUUUAAAAUAUUUUAUUUAUUAUUGUAACUAAUUAUUCAGUCAGGUUAAGUAAGUUUAUAAAUUUGUAUUUUAUAUACUAUUGAAUAUGUAUAAAAAUAAUCAGCUGUCUUUUUGUUACAUAAAUAUUCUGGCAGUGCUUAUUAAAGGGGAAAUAAUUGCUUGAAUUUCUAACUUCAUUCAUCACAAGUUUAAUUUCGGUUUCAUGCUUUUUGUGUGUAGUUUGUAUUUUCUAGCUUAUUUCUGUUGGUUAUGAUGCCUGUACAGUUGAGAUAAAAAUUUCCACUCUGUAAAUAAAACAUGAAAGUUAUAAAUGAUAAAGAAAUUUGAAAUCAAGUA